UGCAAAAGUGCUGACAAUGGGUUUCACAGCAUUGCAUAUACUUUGCCUUGUACCUGCAUUCACUUUGACAACACAAGAGUUGGUGGGACUGAGUGUGGGUCCCAGGAUUACUGCAGAGUGUGACAAACAGGUUACUCUGCCGUGCAAAGUGUCCUCAACUCAAAACGGACUAUCAAUCAAACAUUUAGAGUGGUCCACCACCCAAACGUCUUUAUGCGCUGUGAACAGUGAGGGAAAUAUAACAUACAACAAAAGUCUAUUUAGUGACUUCCGUUGUGAGUAUGGAGAACGACAAUUGUCCCUCAUCUUUCAAAAAGUGCAGCCACUGAAGUACCUGUGCAAACUUCGAUCCAACAAGGGGGUGCUGUAUAAAUAUACAACUGUGGAGUUACAAGAGUGUGGUCAGAUCACCGAGGCUGUUUUGACAAGUGAGGGUCCUGCUUGCACCUUCAACGAUGUGUACCCAGACGGUGACGUGCACUGGUUUCACGGCUCUCACAAUCUCUCGGCUGGGUCUAAGGAGACCUCCACGACUAAAAGUGUGGAUGAAGGGGGUCGGCUGAUUAUCCAUAGUGACCUGAAGAAGUGGAAAAGUUCAGAUGUGCCCUACAAUUGCUCCUUGAGGAGCAGCAAAUCUGGUAGAUACAUUGCAAGUGCUUUGGUUAAGAUAACUGAAGACCUUGUCGGGCGUGGAAAACCUGCAUCUACUUACUCACUCCCCAGUGGAGUCAGGUCACAGGAAACUAUGGGGACACUUUUGUAUAUUUCAGUCUUACUGGCUGUCAUGCUGAAAUAAUGGAUUUGCUGAAGUAAAUCCACAUCAUGGAGUGUGAUAAAAUAUCAAGGUGAAGGGAUGCUUAACACUGAUUAAGAACAAUGAGUAAAAUUUAGGUACUGAGAUUUAUGUAUUCUUUUGAAACCCAGGGCAAAGCACUCUCAGUUAAGUAAGUCAUCUUGCAUGGUCCAAAGGUGUAUUAUUCUUCCUUUUAGCACUUGGCUGAAGUGAACAAGGAAAUUACAGACUGCUGAGAGGGGAGUCGAUAAUCAUUACACUGUAUAAAAUACCUUUGUUGUUUUGUUUCGAUGGAGGGUCACAGAUGAGGGAGCAGAGCGCAUCGGUUUCAUUACACUCUUUCAGAAAACAACAAAGACACACAUAGAAACACACACACACACACACACACACACACACACACACACACUUUCAUACAACUGCAAACACUCAGGGAGUUCUUUUGGCUCCUGGUUCCAUUUAGUCUUGAGCUCCACACACAUUCUGGCCUCGGAUUAUUUUCAGGGGUGUAUAUUUAUUUCUGAAAGAGUGCAAUGAAAAUAUCAGCUGACAGGUGUGUCCACCAUGUGUCUACAGCACAGCUGUCUGAGUGUGUGUGACCGUGAGCACCAUGAAAAUAACAUCUUGAACACAAUACAGGCUUGAAAAGAUGGGCUCUGCUGCAAAUUCCCUUCAGAACCAGUGAAGUCUUUGUGUGAGAAAUAUCAGAAAGCUGAGCACAGGAAACCUCAGUCAUGCAACAACUCUGGGGUUUGUGGUCGGAUGCUGCCCUCUGGUGAACUAGUUGAGAUCAGUGAAACAUGAGGCUGUGGUUGCCGUACACCUUAAGGGAGGGCAUUGGUUUGUUGUGCUCACCGAAUGCAAAGAUGAUAUUUAAAAGCAACAACAGUCGACAGUUUUCACAGGGACUACUUUUCUCUAGAAAGUAGUUCUAGAAAAACCUAUCCACAGUGAGGUGGAUUAUCCAGUGACAUGUAGUGAAAAAAAAAAAUCAAGCCAGUGCAUAAA